UAGAAACGCAAAAAUAAACAACCUCGAUAUUCGAAUAAAUUUAUUCUACACUCUUAAUUAGGAUAAAUACACUUUUUAUUAAAAAAAUGUCGUACAGAGAUUUAAGAAAUUUUAGCGAAGCAAUGCGAGCACUAGGCUUCCCUCGUCAAAUUUCAUUGGAAAGUUUCCGCAAUCCUAACUGGGAGCUGAUGGAGUCCUGUCUGAGGUGGCUCGCAGCGAGAAUCGAACCGGAUGCGACAUUGGCUGGUGGAAAGGAUUCUGUUGAAGAGCGGGUCGCUAUGGUCACCCACGCUACUGAACUGUUUCACUCGCGGGCAAAUCUUAAGCUCAACGGUAAAAAGAUUUAUGGAGCAGAUGGAUGGGCUGUGCGCGAACUUCUUAAAGUAGCUAAUCUUCUACGAUCGGCUCUAGAUACGCCAAACCAAGAUGAUCAACACAGUGACUCGAAUCCAAUAGUGUAUGAUAUAAGUACUAGAGUUGGAGAAGUAAAGCAAGCUCGAGGAUUGGCCACAGAUAUCACAGCUCAAGGUGCUUUCCUGUACGAUCUGUUGGCUAAGGAACCUGAAAAUAAGGAGCAUCGUGACAAAGCACUUUCUCGUCCUUUGGACAUGUCCUCGUUGGAAGCAGCUCUUAAUCGUGCGGUGGAGUCAGUGGCUGGUCAAGUGGCCGCCGUGCGCGAACAGAUAGACAACGUGGCGUCCAGCGAGGCAGCGCUAGACGCGAAGUUGGAGCGACGCCGGGCUGAGCUGCAGCGGGCGGAGAAGAGAUUGCAUACAGUGCAAAAGAUCAAACCUGCAUAUCAAAGCGAGCUUAAUGCCCUUGAGGGGGAAAUAGAACAUCUGUGGGAGCAGUACGUGGUGCGCUACCGCUGCGUGGAGUCGCUCAAACACCAGCUCAGUUUGCUAGAGACUGCUCAGGCUGAGGCUGCUGAAGAACAGCAAGCGGCAAUCAUGCAAUUAAUUCAUAAAUAUGAAGCUGAAGAUGUUCUCGGGAAGCUCAGUGACUCAGACGAUAUGGAUUCUAGCGACGAAAGCAAGGAGCCUGCGAAGCAGCCACGUCCAGCCACGAGACCUCGGACUAGGCUCCGAAUCAAGACCGCUGGGACUGGUCCCGACGCAAGACACGCGUUUGGGAGCAUGCAGGCUCGGGAGUCCCUGGAGGAACUGGACCGAUCCAGCUCCGACACUGAUCUGUCCGAUACGCAGAUAUAUGGCGAGGGCGGCGGGCGCUGGUCGCGGCCGCGCCCCGCCACGCGCACGCUGGGCGGCGCCGGCGACUACGCCGACCUCGCGCGCACGCGCAGAGAGGAAGGCGGGGAAGGUUCAGAGGGCUCGCUCGGCAGCUCCUCUGAGAGUGAACUGAGGAUCACGAGCGCUCACCCGGGCAGGACGUCGGCGCUCAGCGAUAACGAGUUUUAAUGUGAAUGAAUUUUAUAAAAUAUCUCUGUGAUUAUAAAAAUAAAGCUGUUUAUUUAAUUUUAUAUGUAUAUUUUCUUAAAUAAAA